AUGCAAGGCCUCGCGGCAUCUUCAAGGGCCGUCAUGCUCGCGACGUUUCUCCUGAUCGGUUUCGGCGUCGCCGCCGCCGCCGACGGCCGGAGGAGGCUCGUCUCCGGCAGCCCCGACGAGCCGUGCAGGCAGAUGACGCUCUACUACCACGACAUCCUCCACGACGGCGCCAACAACACGGCCAACGCGACGUCAGCGGCCGCGACGAGCCCGCCGGCGCUGAGCAACGACACCUACUUCGGCAUGCUGGUGGUGUUCGAUGACCCGGUGACGGUGGGGCAGGCGCUGCCCGCCGGGGCCGAGGAGGAGCCCGCGGCGCGCGCACAGGGGUUCUACUUCUACGACGGGAAGGGGUCCUUCAACGCGUGGUUCGCCUUCUCGCUCGUGUUCAACUCCACGGCGCACAGGGGCACCCUCAACCUCAUGGGCGCCGACCUCAUGGGCGAGGAGACGCGGGACAUCUCCGUCGUCGGCGGCACCGGCGAUUUCUUCAUGGCGCGCGGCGUCGCCACGCUCCGCACCGACGCCGUCGAGGGGUUGCUCUACUUCCGCCUGCAGAUGGACAUCAAGCUCUACGAGUGCUACGUCUGA